AUGGUUUAUGAAGUUGUAUUCAGACAGCCUCUUUAUCGAGUCUACAGUGCUUCUCAUAUCAGUAUCGCCUACAUGGUAAAAAUAUUAUUUGAUGCUAUUCGUGUACUUCUUCCGCUAGUCAUUAUUUUUUCAACUCAUGGUCUUUGGAAGAAAACGGGUGCUUAUCGAGAACGGCCGAAAGUUACGUUCGAGGAACAAUAUUUGGUAGUGUUGCAGUCUAAUGAUGGAUGGCUCUUCAGCAGUACACUUCCAGUGCUGAAUAGCGCAGAUCCUUCACAUUUCUCAGUAUCUCAGAUCGAAUAUCAGUGGAUACAAGGUUAUGAAGAUGAUGAUCAAUUACUUUUGGACAUCUGGAUACCUACAUCAAAUAGAUCCUUCAACAAUUUCGUCUAUUUCGUAUUCUUCAGAUACCACCUUGAGUACCACAGUGCCGUUGAGGCUGAAAUUGUUUUGUAUGACUCCAUACGAUUACCGGAUGACACACAAUCGAUAUUAGUUCUCGGUAGGAUGGCUGCAGACCAAAAGCAGCCUUUUCGAUGGAGAGAGUGUUAUCAACUGCUCGAUCCGAAGCGUCGAGAUGUGGAACACUACAAACCUAAUGAAAUAGCUGCAAGGAUAACAAGGCAGGGAUUCAAUGCACGGUUGGAUAGGAAAAUACAGAUUUACGGCGACAAUAAGGAGGAAGACGACCGAAGAUUUCACCUAAAGCUGGACAUUUUAAUCUCUGAAGACGAAUUUAUCUACAGGACGGAUAUAUGGGAACUACUUAAAUGGGCUGCGGUUCAAUACUUAACUGCGUUCGUUCUCGUGCAUUACAUUGUGAACAGAUUUCUAACGAGUUUAUUUGAAAGUAGCAAAGCAACAACAUCUUCGGAGAUCAAUGCUCUUGCAAUAAAAUCUAGGCAAGUAUAA